AUGUCCUUGUUUCGUUGCGGUUUCACGGUUCAAAAUAAAAAAGUAAUGGAACGUCCAAACAAUUCUGAUGCCUCUGAAGACCUGGAAAUUGCUGUUCCGGCCUACUUUCCAAGCCAAGAAAGCACUUCCUUGGGCAAUGUCGAAUAUUUUGCCGUGGAAUCGUCUGUUGCGAGCUUGGUGAAUCCUCACUCGAAUGAAGGUUCCUCGACUACUUCAGCAGCAAGAAAACGUGGAAAAUACCAACACUAUUCGGCUGAAACAUGCGCCAAGAUUGGGAAAUAUGCCAGUGAGAAUGGUAAUUCGAAAGCCAUCAAUCAUUUCAAGGAGGAACUCCCAACAUUAAAGGAAAGCACUGUAAGAACUUUGAAGCGGGCUUAUGAGAAGAGACUACGCGAGGAGAAGAAAAAAGGUAACACAGACGCGACUGUCAUUGCUAUCCCGAGUGACACCCGUGGACGACCACCAAUACUCUGUGACCUGGACAGUAUAUCAAUCUCUCUUCUUAGGAGCAUUAGAAGCCGGCAGAGGUGGAGUAGUUAG